GAGAUGAAAGAAUUUCGUCUUCGAUCGCUGUCAAAGUGUGCUGCUGGUGCUGCUAGCCAGUGCAACGGAGCAGGAGCUAAGGAAAGAAAGAGAAGGAUUACAUGCCAAAGGGCAUGUAGACGGAAACAAAAAAAAAGGGCGAGUAACAAACGUAAGGAACUAGCGAACACGAAGUUUGGUGCGUGAGGAUCAGUUUGAGAUCUUGCAAGCCAUCGAAAUUAAGAGCAAAAAAAACCUUUGCAACAGUGCAGUUUAGGAACGAAAAAGCAUUCCCCAAAAAGUAAUUCGUUCGUAUGUACGCGUUGGGCAUGGGUCGUACAUUACGGUACGCACUGGUCGUGUGUUUGCUUGGGUGUUGCUGGUGGGCUACCGAGGCCACGGCAUCGACAACGACGCUGUCCGGAAUUUAUGUCGACAACGGCGUCGGUCAGACGGUGCUGGAUGAUGCACUCUCGUUCGAGGAGCAGCAGGAGAUCGAGAAUGAAAUUUUAAACCUGCUCGGCCUUCCGGGACCACGGCCGGCCGUCCGCCAUUUACAUUCUUCGGUCGGCAAAUCUGCGCCACAAUUUUUGCUGAACGUCUACGAUCAGCUGCAGCAGGAGGAGUACAACGAUGCUGCCGGUGGUGGUAUGCCCGCACAUAUACGAAAGGUUCGUAGCACUGACCAGAACAUCCUGAUUACCGAUGCCGACAGGAAAGCAAUCGAUGAGAGUGAUAUUAUUAUGACCUUUUUGAACAAGAAUCAUCAUGGUUCGGAGAUGCGUCACGAGAAGGGUCGUCGUUUGUGGUUCGGGAUCACCAACAUCGAGAACGACGUUAGCGUACUGAUGGCGGAGUUACGUCUUUAUCGGAAGCUGAAUUUGAACAAGUACACCACCUAUAAUACAUCGCUCACGCUGACCGUGUACGCACUUACCGAGCUAAACGGAGAAAGUGAAAUGACGGAGAUCUCCAACAUGGAGCUAACGGGCGAUUAUGAAGGUUGGUUGGAAAUCAAUGUUACCGGUGCGGUUAAUCUUUGGCUCAAGAAUAGACAAGCAAACCAUGGUUUAUAUAUUGGAGCGUACUUUGGUGAUCGUGUUGAACGCGAAGUAAAGCUGGAUGAUGUUGGAUUUGUUAGUGCACGUGGAAGUGAAGAGUAUCAACCAUUUUUGGUAGUGUACGCGAAUAGCCAACAGCAGAUGAUGAAGCCAAUUCUUCAGCGGCAUCUAACGCGCAAUAAGCGUAGCCAGCCGUCGCGCAAGCGCAAAACCGGCAAAACCGAACACCGGCACCCGUUCCAGUAUCAUCAGCCGUACGAUCAGCACAAGAGCUGCCGGAUUCAGCAGCUGUACGUUAGCUUUAAAGAUCUGCAGUGGCAUGAGUGGAUUAUUGCACCGGAAGGGUACGGUGCGUUCUACUGCAGUGGUGAAUGUAACUUCCCGCUGAACGCACACAUGAACGCAACCAACCAUGCGAUCGUACAAACACUCGUGCAUUUAAAUCAUCCUACAAAGGUGCCGAAACCGUGCUGCGCUCCAACCAAACUGGUUCCGAUAUCCGUGCUGUAUCACAUCGAUGAGGCAAAUGUGAAUCUUAAAAAAUACAAAAACAUGGUUGUGAAAAGCUGUGGAUGCCAUUAGAAGCAGAAAGCACCGGAAGCGGGCUAUUCCCAGCUUUUCAUGUGUAGUGGAUUUUCAUUUUCUGUAACAAAAAAAACACAUUUUAAAGCACCUUUUUUUAAAAAAAGCAAAAGGAAUAGAACCAUCGUAGCGCUUAAGUGUCCAGUAGUAGGGAAGUGAAUGCAAACAGCAUACACGAACAAAAUUCAGAUCUGUACCGUAAUUCCGCCAUUUUUUUUUUGCUUUUGGUUUUGUGUUCUUAGGCUGGUGGCAGUGCUUAGUCGUAUAUGAUUUUUUUUUUCAAAAUUUUGUAUGGAAUUUGACAGAUAAAAUCAUACAAAGAUUAUGGCAUCCUAUUUUAUCUGUCAAAUUCCAUACAAAAUGUUGAAAAAAAUAGUAUAAGACUUAGCACUGCAAGCAGCCUUAAACGCAUGUCGGAUGAUGAGUUUUACGGCUUGCUAUUUCUUGCUUGUAUGAAACUGGAAAACUUGAUAUGCGCGUGCGGUGAUGCUAAGGUUCAAAGGUGUGCUACUUACGGUGCGCAACGCCAUGUUUUCGUUCUGUCUAACAUUGCACUUGCAGCAGCAUCGGGGGAAGGUGCAGUUUUGGGUAACGUUGAAGGUACCUCUGUUCGGUGGGAGUUUUCCUGCUCAUAUUACCACGUUCGAUAUGAGUUUUUGGAUAAAACACGUGGACACGUUUACUGCAAAUGCGCAACGCAACACAAAAGUAUUAUUGGAAAACAAAACAGCACGCGAGGCCGGGGGAAGAAAAAAAAAGCUAAAAAAGAAAGAAAAAAAAACCCAACAACCAAUGUAUAUUGAUCUUAUUUGAUAAUGCUGAAUCUACUUGUGUAUAAUAUACUCAAAAACGGAAAUAAAACUACUCAUUUAUGUCGUAA